AUGGAGCCGCUAAGCGAGAACGGCCUAUGUCUAAGUGAGUUGGAGCUUCACGGAGGAGGACACUUACAUGAGUCCGUGGCGGCGUCAGUGGGCUCGGCCAUAUCGAGUCUGAUGGCGCCGUUGCACCAUGAACCACAACAUGCACCGCUGCAUCACACCCAGCCGCUACACCAUGAGCCCCUUGAGAAAUUAAAACUAUGGGCAGAGACUGGCGAGUUUCGAGACAGCGGUCAUUCAUCUCUCGCUUCAGGCGGUUCUGGCGUUGACCAGUCCUCGCUAUAUGCGCCGCCGCGGCCUCGGCGCGAUCGGAAACUUACAGACGACAGUCGCCCUCUCACGGAGCCGACGAUCAAGACGGAAUCAACGACGCCUGGAGUGGGACCUGAUGAACCCUCCCUUGACGAUAAAGGAGACAAGAAGAACAAGAGGCAAAGACGGCAACGCACGCACUUCACCAGCCAGCAACUCCAGGAGUUGGAGGCGACCUUCGCACGGAACCGUUAUCCUGAUAUGUCAACACGUGAGGAAAUCGCUAUGUGGACUAACCUCACUGAGGCGAGAGUUAGGGUGUGGUUCAAAAAUCGGAGAGCUAAAUGGCGGAAACGUGAGAGAAACGCUAUGAACGCAGCAGCCGCUGCGGCCGCUGAUUUUAAGAAUGGUUUUAGUACGCAGUUCAACGGUCUAAUGCAACCGUUCCCGGAUACGGACGCUUUAUAUUCAUCCUACCCUUACAACAAUUGGGCUGCGAAGGUACCCAGUCCGCUCGGAACUAAGAGCUUUCCAUGGCCCGUCAAUCCACUCGGAUCGGUCGUGCCCGCUAGCCAUCACCAAGGCUCCGUGAACUGCUUCAACACAGCGACGUCGAUGGGUGGAGUGGGCGGAGGCGGCAUGGCCGGCGUCGCCGGUUCCGCCAGCGUCGGUGGCGGAGUGGCAUCCUGUCCGUACACGGCACCGCCGAACCCGUACAGCAUGUACCGCGCGGAACCGUGUCCGGCGAUGUCGUCGUCGAUCGCGUCGCUGCGGCUGAAGGCGAAGCAGCACUCGUCGAGCUUCAGCGGCGGCUACGGCGCGGUGUCGCCGGUGUCGCGCGCGGGCUCGGCGCCGCUGUCGGCGUGCCAGUACGCGGCGGGCGGCGUGGGCGUGGCGGACCGCGUGCUCUGA